AUGGCAGACGACUUCGGACUAGAGCACCUCCAUGCUAAUGCUAUUCUCUCUCCUCCCCUCAACCAUUGCACAGCCUGGACGGGCCAUUCUGAAGGACAAUCGGGUCGCCUACUCUCCAGACCAGUCAAGAGCUCCAAUCGCGUUCGGCCGUGCUCAGACCAGGCGAUACAGCUUCCCGUUUAUCAUGUCGGGCAUGGGAGCAGCGAAACCGACCACAUGAGGUCGGCUGGGGACAAGCUGAGCGUGGCCAGUGACGGCGAGGCCGAAUCCCAUGCCUACACUCGGCAGGCGGAUCGGCAGAAUGUAAAAAUGCAGCGGAUUUCACGGCUUCCAGAGGCGCAGAGAUCGUCGCGAGUGAGAGUCUGGGAGGCGGUGAAGACGACCUCACCCGAGCCGAUGAUCAGGGAUCCAAGAAGCUAUUGA